AUGGCGGCGAGACGAGGGCGAGGAGGGUCGGGAUCUGCUCAGAAACAGGGGAGAGGAGCUGCUAAGGGAAAGUUUGGGGGAGAGGAAAACCAGAUCGAUUUUGAGAAGAAGAAGAAUUUCCAUGACCACAACAAGGGAAAAGCGAAUUUUGAGAAGGGCAAGUCUCCUGCAAAGGGAAAGAAGUUUUUCAAGAAGAAGGGAAGAAGAGAUGAGGAAGACAGAGAUUCAGAUGACGUCGAGGAGGAGUUGGACAUUGAUGAGGGUGUGACAGACGAAGAGACAGAGCACCAGGGGAACAACAGCUCAGCGGAUGAGAGCGACGACGUUGGAGGGAGGAUGGAGGACGUGGAGGAGGAUGCGUUCGACUCGAAGCAGAGCUUUCCCAGCAUUGCAUCGACUCAGCAAGAGGAGGGAGGGGAGGAGAAGGGGAAGAAGAAGUCAAAAUCAGGAGGCUUCGAGUCCAUGGGCUUCAGCUAUCCCGUCUACCGAGGAAUCAAGAUGAAGGGAUAUAAGGUCCCCACCCCCAUCCAGAGGAAAACCAUCCCCCUCGUCCUCCGCGGUCACGAUCUGGUCGCCAUGGCCCGCACAGGGUCGGGCAAGACAGCUGCCUUCCUGCUGCCCAUGUUCGAGAGGCUCAAGGAGCACUCGGUCAAGGUCGGCAUCCGCGCACUCAUCCUCUCCCCCACCCGCGAGCUCGCGCUGCAGACGCUCAAGUUCGGCAAGGAGCUGGGCAAGUACACGGGGCUGAGGAUGGCGCUGCUAGUGGGGGGCGACAGCAUGGAGGAUCAGUUCGCAGCGCUGGCGCACAACCCGGACGUGGUGAUCGCGACGCCAGGGAGGCUGCUGCAUCACCUGGAGGAGGUGGGGCUGACGCUGCAGUCUGUGCAGUACAUCGUCUUCGACGAGUGCGACCGGCUGUUCGAGAUGGGGUUCGCUGCCGAGCUGCGAGCCAUCAUGAAGAAGGUGUCGGACAACCGGCAGACCCUCCUCUUCUCCGCCACCCUCCCUGCCGCCCUCGCCGAGUUCGCUCGAGCAGGGCUCAAGGAUCCGGAGCUGGUCAGGCUAGACGUGGAGACGAAGGUGUCGGAUCAGCUGAGAAUGGCGUUCCUGUGCGUGAGGGCAGAGGAGAGAGACGCGGCGCUGCUGUACCUGCAUCAUGUCGAGUACGUCCAUGCUCUCCUCGCAUCGGUCGGCAUUGAGGCCUGCAUGUUGUAUGGGGCGAUGGACCCGGCGGCCCGCAAGAUCGCCAUCGGGAGGUUCCGGGCGAAGCUCUCGCAGUACCUCAUCGUGACCGACGUGGCUGCUCGCGGCGUUGACAUCCCGCUGCUGGAGAAUGUGAUCAACCACAACUUCCCCGGCAAGGCCAAACUCUUCGUCCAUCGAGUAGGACGCGCGGCAAGGGCAGGAAGGAGCGGAACAGCGUACUCGCUCGUGGGCCCGGAGGACGUGGCGUUGAUGAUCGACCUCCACCUGUUCCUCGGACGACCCCUGCAGACGUCGGACCAGUCGGAGGAGGAGAACUCGUUCGAGGCCUUCUACGGUAGGAUGCCGCAGUCCCUGCUCGACGAGAGUCAGGAGAUCGUCCAGCGGCUGCUGCACGACAACUCAGACCUGGCGGCUGCUCUCGCGGUCGCUCAGCGAGCGCUGGGGCUCUACAAGAAGACGAUGGAGAAACCUUCGUCGCAGUCGAUCCGGAGGGCCAAGGAGAUGGACGAGGAUGCGAUCCACCCCUGGUUCCUCUCCGACGUUGACGCGUGCGAAGUCGCCGGGCAAGGGCGUCAGUUUCUCAAGGCCCUCCAGCAUUUCCGCCCCCAGCAGUCGGUGCUGGAGGUUCACGACGGCACCAAGAAGGUGGCGGCCUCAGUGUCGCAGCAGAUGCGAGCUCAGUUCUCCUCUGCCGUCGAGGCUCGUCGGCGAGCGCAGCAGUACCUGUCGAUGACCGAGCAGAUCAAGCAAGACCUCUCCGAGGAGCUGGUCGAGUCCCGCUCGCCUCCUCCCCUCGAGGACCAUGCAAGCCAGAAGCGCGAGAGGCCGAGGGCCCUGAGCUCGGAGCCCAAGAAGAAGAGGAGCAGGAGCGCGAUGGAAGAAGCGAAGCGACGGGACAUGGAGAGCUUCCGGCUGGCGGGAGAGAAGGCUGACGCCAACACUGAGAAGGGGCUGACCAUCCGCGAGGCUGCCAAGGACAGGCUGCAGAGCAUCGAGCAGAUGAUCUUCGAGAUGGACCCGGACGAGGAGGGGACGCUGCUGAAGAAGAGAGCUGUGCUGCGAUGGGACUCGCGCAAGAAGAAGUUUGUCAAGGACUUUGACAGGACGCAGGACAAGACAGACGGGAAGGCGCGGAUGAACGAGGCAGGAAAGAAGAUCAAAAAGGGAUAUCGUCUUGGCCUCUACGACAAGUGGAAGGAGAGAAGCAAGGCGAGGAUUCAGCUGGAGGGCGAGGAAGAGGACAGCUCUGUUCAUCAGUCGCUUCCAGACUUCCGCAGCCGCAGGUUCAGGCACAACAAGGGAGAGGCAGCGGCUGGAGGAGAAAAGCGGGGCCCGAGAGACGAGCUCAAGAGCAAGGAUCAGAUCAGGAAGGAGCGAGAGAAGAAACAGAAUCUCAAAGAGAAGAACAUGCCCAAGGCUCUUCGCAGGCUAGUCCCAUCCACAUCCUCGAGGCUCGAGCAGAAGAGAAAAGAAGCCAACAAGGGCCCGAAGGGCAAGCCUCAUAUCACAAAGGCCUCGAUCCGCAAGUCCAAACGAUAA